AUGGGUGACGUUCCUGCUUCCCCGGCUUGGGCUUCCCUGCCUCCUUUCCCCGAUCACCUCACCACAGCGCCUCUCGUUACCCUCCACCUGUCCAAGCUCCAGGAACACGACCCGGCCGAGCAGGCAGCUCUGCUGAAGUGCGCUAAGGAGCUCGGUUUCUUCUACCUCAACCUUACCGGGUGCACCGAGGGAAAGCAACUGUUCUCUGACGCCCAGCAGCUUCUGGACUUGGAGAAGCGCUUCUUCGCCAUGCCCGAUGAGGAAAAAGCUAUUUGCGAUCGCGAUACUGUCGAGGGAGGCUCGGGAUACUACGGCUGGAAGAAGAUUGGAAGCGCUGUGAUGGACAGCAAGGGAACGCCGGAAAGGCACGAAAACUAUACCAUCAAAAAGGACGACAUCGUCGGGAACUGCACGCCGCUCGCUGCUCCCCAGCUGAUCAAGGAUAACUUCCCUCUCCUGCGCUCCUUUGUACUCAAUGCGCAGAAGCAGGGCAUACUUAUGCUCCAGCUGCUUAACGAGUCGCUCCAGCUCCCCCCAGGCUCGCUCGAGAACAUGCAUCGCCUGCAUGCGCUCUCGGGCGACCACGUGCGGUUCAUCCGUGCUCCGGCUAGGGGAGAGGGUAAUUCCGACCAGACAGCGGCGGAACACACUGACUUUGGCUCGCUCACCAUCCUCUUCAACUGGCUCGGAGGUCUGCAGGUCCAGCUCCCUGGAUCGAAGGAGUGGGUGUACGUCCGCCCCAUCCCGGGCUGCGCGAUCAUCAACCUCGGCGACGCGAUGGUCAAGUUCUCUGGCGGGCUGCUCCGGAGCAACAUGCACCGCGUGCUCAACCCUCCUGGCAAGCAAGCAAAUGAGACGCGGUACUCGUUGGUAUACUUCUCCCGCCCGGAGGACGACGUCGUCAUGCGCCGUUUGGAGGGCGGACUCGUUGAACAACAGCCGAAGAGCGACGUGGUUGAGCCCGAGUACACCAGCAAGGAGUGGAUCCUGCGUCGCGGGCUCGGCCCGAAGACGUCGGGGUUCAAGCCGGAGAAUUGGAUCAACUCGAGGGGCACCGAGGGCGCAAGGAGCACUGUGUAA